GGGCUUUAACAGAAACUGGAGAGACCCCCUUUUGUGCCCAUGGGCAGUCUACUCAAACCUUGGGUCUAGGCACACUUACACUGUCUAGCAGUUAUAGAGUUUGACUUUGGUAUGAAAAUUCCAGUCACUUCAGGUGCUCCAGAAAGUUUUCAAAGAGACCAUACUGAAAAAAUUGUCAGUUGCUGUUGUAGCUAUUGAGGUCUACUCAACACUCCCAAAUCACCAGAAUAGGGACUGAGGUGCAAAGCAGCGUUUUUGAACUUUGGCUUUCCUGUGUCUUCCAAAGCCGGAAAAAUCAGAGUGGGGAUGGAAUACAGUCCUAUUAGAAAAGAGGAACGGCAAUAUUGCACCUCUUGAAGCAAGGGUCAGGUACAGAUCUGCUCAACUCUCUCCUAGACUGUCUAUGGAUCCAGAAAGUGUGUUGUGAAGAGAUCAGUUAAUGAGGGAGAAGAUGUCUGAUACUAGAAGGCUUUUAGUCUGGCCUGAGGAGAACCAAGGCCUGGAAGUUGAAGUGAACAAAGAUAAAACUGAAAAAGCCGAUCCUGAAGUCAGAAAAUGAGUCAUUGAGGAGAGUGGAAGCUGAGCAAUUAGGCUUACUGCAGUCUUGGCUGGCUAAGUGAGACUCUUAUUUGACAGAAGGAAGAAGGAUAGGAAAGGAAGAAAUGAGAUUGGGAAGGAAAAGAACACAGGAGGAGAGGACAUCUUACAGGAUUUGGAUGAUGAAGGACCAGAAUCCCUGUAGACAGUGUGGGUGCUCCGGUGUAGUUGUGAGCAGCUAUGAUGGUGAAGCUUUCUCCUUCCCCUUCUCUCCUCUUUCAGCCAGCCAGCAUUGCAGGAGUCAGCUUUUCCCCACUGCUAAUUUGUUUAAGGCUGGAAUGUCAUUUAUACAAAUAGGAGAAAUUUUGUAUCCAAAGCAUUUAUUAAUGUCCUCGGACAUUAAUAAAUUAACCAAGGAAACGGAUCUUAUUCUGACCUUUAAUAUCUCAAUGCACCGUUCUUGGUGGAUGGAGAAUGGCCCAGGCUGUACAGUGACAUCUGUGACUCCAGCCCCAGAAUGGGCACCAGAGGAUCAUCGUUACAUCACUGUCUCAGGGUGUUUGCUUGAAUACCAGUAUAUAGAAGUGGCUCACAGCUCCCUUCAGAUCUUCCUUGCACUGGCAGGGUUCAUCUAUGCCUGUUAUGUUGUGAAAUGUAUUACUGAAGAAGAGGACAGCUUUGAUUUCAUAGGUGGAUUUGACUCUUACGGCUAUCAAGGCCCACAGAAGACAUCUCAUUUACAGCUACAGCCUAUGUAUAUGCUCAGCACUGAACUAGAGGAAAGAGCACCACCUAUUGAAUCAGCAACACCACUUCCAGCAGCAUUGAGCACUUCCUUGGAGGUCCCCUAUCCAUCCCAGUGCUGCUUAGUUUCUGAAAUCUUCCAGGAUCACAGCACAAGGCGGUCAAAAUGAACAAGGUGACUUCUGUGUGGGGGCUGAAGGACCUUUCAAAAAACUUGUUUCAGGAUGGCCCUCUGUGUUCUACAAACAGCAAAAAACAACCUUUGUGGUUAAAAAAAAAAAAAAGAAUGAGCAUACGCUGAGA